UUUAUCAUAUAUGUAGAAAGCGGACGUUCACCAUAAUCAGAAUAACCAUUGAUUAGGCAAAAGAAAAUAUGUUAUAAAAUAUAGGAAUUGAAGGAAUUUAUUGAUUUAUUUAAAAAUAACAAAUACAUACACAAGGAAAGAUGUUCAGUUUUCAUAAACCCAAGAUUUAUAGGAGCAAUAACGGCUGUUGUAUAUGCCGUGCAAAAUCAUCAAGUUCUCGCUUUACUGACAGCAAGCGAUAUGAAUGUGACUUUGAAAAUUGCUUUAGAAUUAAAGAAAGACGUGCUGGUGAAAUAUGUAAUGCAUGUGUACUUUUGGUGAAAAGGUGGAAAAAGCUCCCCUCUGGAACUAACAGACAUUGGCAUCAUGUUGUAGACGCACGAGCUGGACCAGGAAUAAAAUCAACGACCAAAUUAAAAAGUAAACAACAGCUGAGUCCAACAAUGGGGAAAUACAAGUCUCCACUCAAAACAAGGAAAUCUCUUUACAACACACCUUCAUCAAGUCCUACAUCAUUCUUUGAUGAAUCUUCAAUAAAUGAAGACAGUUGUGAUAAAGAUAUGUUCAGUGACAGUGAAGAAUCAGAAGAAGAAAUCACAGUUCCAACUCUACAGAAACCAAAUAAACAGAAGAGAAAGUCAACAGAUCCCAGAAUUAGUCCCUUCUUAGAUCUCACCUACUGGAAAAAAACUCAAGUUUGUUGUGGAAUCAUAUUCAAAGGUAUGAACGGUGAAGUAUUAGUUGAUCCUCAGUUAUUACAACCGUGUCGGACCUGUGCAAAGGGAAGUAAGUCACGACCAGCAGAAUUACGUAGAAGUCAAUCAACUGACGAUACUGAGAGCACAACGAGUAGUAAUAGUUACUCUGACACAGACAGUAUAUCAGAAAAUAGUCCACCAGACCUGACGCUGGCGACGUUUCCAUGUACCGACUCAUCGGCAGUUAGUUCAUUUACACAGCCACCGCCCCUGGCAUUAGAAUGUUAAAAGGUUGAGUGUACUUUUGAAUGAUUCUUGCCAGUAUAAAUGAGUGCUGUGUUAAUUCAGUCUAGUCAUUAGAGACAAUUGUCAGGAUUUUUGUGAAACUGAAGAAAGGAUGUUAUAUGAAAUGAGAUGGAUUUACUUCUUGGAAUGUUUGUGUAUGAUGAAGAUACUUUCUCUGAGCAACAGGUAGUGCAUACUGCCCUUUAUUUAUUUAUUUAUUUAUUUUUAUUUUUUUUAUUUCAAAUUUCAGGAAAAAAUUUGGCAUUUCUUGAAUAAAUAGAAAAUGCUCUUUAAUUAUAAAUUUGUAUCAUAGUUCAGAGUUAAGAACACUUUGGAGGGGUUAUUAAGAACAUUUGUAGAUAACAUCUAUGCAAAAAGUAUUAACUGAUACUUUUCUAAUGAUGUGUUUCUUUAUUCAUAUACCUAUUUAAGAAAUUGUAUAAAUAAUUGGCCAGUGUUUUGUACAGAAUUUUAUUUACUAUUUAUUCAUCUGUAUCAUAAGUACAUUUUGUUAAUAUGUAUGCAUAUUAUUUUCUGUUAUUUUAUACCAAUUCUGCCCUGAAAAAGACAAUUGAUGUACAAUCAAUCUUUUACUUAUUUCAUGUAAUUGUUUAGAAAAGGAUCUUUCUUAAAUUUUCAAAGAAAAAAAUACUUGUAGUUUUAACCUUUGACUCUAUUAAACUCAAUGAGUUUAUUUUUUUAAAGAACAAACAUUAUUAGGUUGAUGGUCAGUUUUAUGUUCUACCUCAGUUUGUGCAAUAGUUUUAUGUAUCGUAACAACAGUUUAUAGUAUCCAUGGUAACAGUGGAAUUACAUGAAAAUCCUGGAUUACAUGAGCUUUGUUUGAUGAAUGGUGUGCUAGUAGAAAUAGCUCAUUUGUGUAAUGUUAAAAUUCAAAAGUUUCAAUUUUGCAGCAUUUACUUGCCUUCAAAAGGGAAGUUUUUGUAUGACUUUUGCAAUAAAUCUUCAUGUACCAAGUACAAAAUGCAUUAUGGAAUAUUUGUGGAUUAAGAUUUGAAAAUUUGUUGAGAUAGAAUAAUUGAAUUUUAAAUUUUAAAUGAUAGGAUUAAACAGUGUGUGUUAAAUGUUUUUUUUAAAUCAUCCCAUCAAUCAAUUUGAAAUAAGUUUUUACUGCCGUGGGAGAUUUUUUUACUUAUAUAUCAGCGUGAAGAAAAAAUGUAUAAUAAUUGACCAUGAUAAAAGGUGGCCUACAUAGUGAGAUACUUGAUAUUUCAUGAAUACUCAGGACUUUACAUAAAUGUUCAAAACAAUUCAAAGUCAUUUUGCAACUUGGUCAUGUUAUUGGUGAUGAGUGUAAUUUAUUGUAUGAUCGUGAGGGCGAGAGCAGGAGAGCAAUCAAGUUGUUCUAUUUAUAGAUGUAAGAAUAUUGGAGUGACAUGCACCAUAGAAUACACUUUUAGAAUAGACAGGGGAAAAUAUGGUACUAAAAUUGCAAAUGGUAACAUGAUUUGGAUGCUAACUUUUGAAGUUGGUCUCAACAGAGAGAAAAAAAAAAGUCUGAAUUAUGUUGUCAGAUGUGUAGAGAAGUCUGUCACAUAAAGAGAAUGGAAGUUGUAUCCGAAUGCAGCCAACUUGAUUCAAAUACCUUUAAAAAUUGAUUUAGAAGUUCAAAUACAAGAGAUACAAUUGUUUAAUCUAUUACUCAGGGAAUUUCAAUUAUUGGAAAAUAAGAAACAUGGACAAAAAUGGAGAUUUAACGAGACUAGACAUCUAAACAUCUUUUUGUGAUGAAUUCAAGAAUUUUCCAAAAGAGGGACAGCAUUUCUUAAAUUGACAAGUGACUUUUUUCUGGGUACUUAAAAAAGCAAUUGAUGGGUUAUUUAUUUCAACGAACAAACAAGCCAUCUUAAUUCUUUAUAUUGUGAUAAAUUUCUCUUACUGUGUUCCAGUAACAGUCUUCCAGUGGUACACAAAAUGGUGCAUACAUGUUGAAAUGUAAAGCAGUGUUUUUAUUUAAAUCAUUGUAUUAUUGUAGAAUUUUAUUUGACUUUGUCAAUUCGUUAUGAAAUGUGACUUAAAAUAUAUAAUGUCAUUUGAAUGUGAGUAAAUGUUUCUAGAAUUGACUGUUUGUGUAACUCUAGAUGUGGUUUGCUGAUAACUAUCAAGCAUUCUGGUCAGUAGGUUUAAGAUUAAUACAUUUUCAAAUUUUGACUGACGAAUCCAAAAUGCAGCAAAAGCAAAAGGAGACCCUUAGGGUUACCUACAAUAUAUAUUAAAUACACAUCUACCUAUAUAAUGUUAAAGUAUGGAAAAUCAAAGAUACUGGUCAGUAAACCUACUUUAAUAUUUAAUAAAAGAUCAGAUAUGAAUUGUUAAUCAAUAUGAAUCAUUGUCUUUUAAAACCAUUUUAACUUGUAAAUAGUCAUUUAUUUAUUAAACUAUUAUGUUAGAUCUGUUACUUAAUUUAAAGUAUGUUAUUGUUGCUAAGAAUUUUAAAUCUUUAUUUAAUUUUUUUACUUGAUAUAUUUGCAGUUGUAAGAUGUAUUACUAUAUUAGAUUAGACAGUAGUUAACUGCCCUGUUUUAUGUCGAUGCAAUAUAGAUAUUUUUGUUCCACAGGUUUUUAUCUUGUCAGUCUUCUAUCCAAUUGUUGUCCAUUCCGUAGACUUUUCAAUAGAACUUUUUAGAUCUGUAUUCAAAGCAUAUGUACCCUGGUAAGAGACCAUUUGAUCUCUGAAUUCACCAGACUAAAAGUAGUGCUAUGACAUAAGACUUUUUAGGGGAAUAAGAGAUUUUCACUCAAAGUUUUAGAACCACAGCAUGUUAAAUUUUCUAUACAAAUUGAGUAUGUUAUGUAUUAUCUGUAUAAACUAGUCAUUAGUACAGUAACCCAGCAAAACAAAACCAGUAAACUAAAUACAGGAUCUGGAACUAGGCAAAGGGUCUUUUAAAAAUUGUUAGAUUUUUUUUCAUUCUAGGUUCAGGACAGAAAUAAACAUUGUUUUAAAAACUGAACAAGGAUCUUUGAGACUAGUGAAGUAUUUCUUGUCAGAACUAUCAGUAUUAAUGUGACCAUGACUUUUUAGGGUCUCUCAGCUGAACAGAACUAAACUACAUCUUAGAUUUUUAAGAGAAUUUACUUAAUAUCCAUGAAUGACUUUCAAGGCAGACAAUUAAACCAUCCUGAGAUUUGUUUCUAGAAGAUGAUCCUUUAUCAUGUUUAUUAACCUUUUUCAGGGUGAGACUCAAUUCCAAACGUAUUGGUUCACAAAGGUUCAUGAAAGGUUGAAUUCCAAAGCCUUGAAUGUCAUUGAUCAAAAGCAAUAAUAUUUCAUUCAAACUUUUUAUUCUAAUAAUCCUUUAACCCCUUAGAAAAAAUAUGUAUAUGUAUGUAUGUAUACUUAAAAGUUCAGUGGCCUGUAGCAGUUGUUGACAUUAAAUGUAAAUUCUCUGUGUAUAUAGAUAUCUUUAAUCCCAGUAUGCUCACCGGUGAAUGGGAAAUUAUCCACCUUAUUGUUUUUUUUCUUUUCUUAUAAAUGAUCAAAGUGGAAUGGUCAGACCGGUGUACUGUUGAGAUAGUUAAUUAUUUAUUAAAUUAUUAAUGUUACCAAAUAUUUAAUGGUGUAGAGAUCUCAGUGUGUUGAUGUUACUACUGUAGAUAGUCCUAUAUUGUUAGUACAUUUUUUUUUACCUCCAUGUUGAAUGUAAAUAUUAUACACACAAUGUAGCAGACUAGGUUUCAAAAAGUGUUUCCCGAGAAACCAAUCGAUUUAAUAUACUUUUAUGAAAUAAUUUUUUAAGAUUUUGAUUUACCACUAAAAAAUAAGACUGAAAUGUUGUAGACAUUUGGUUUGUGAUAAGGAAAAUAUCAUUUCUUGAAAUUUGUUUUAGACCUAGCCAGCAAUCUAUAAUUUGCUAUAAACAAAAGAUAUAUAUGGACAUGACAGAAAUAGUUCUUCGAUAAGACUCCAGACUAAUUUUAGACACAUUAAAAGGGGUCAAUACCUAAUUUUUAAAACUGUUUAUGAUCAUUUGAUGUAAUUGUAUUUACAAAGGAUAUUAAGAAGAAAUUAAAAUAACAUAAAUCUAUAUAUAUUUCCUCCUUAUUUGUAAAGCUAUGUUAACUAAAGGUCAGGAUUGAAUAAUGAGCCCACAAAAUGUGGUAAUGUCAUGGUUCAUUUAUAGAGAAUACCAGAUAAUGACUAAAUUAUUCUAAGCAACAAUUCAGUUAUUAAGUUCAUUGUUUGACAACAAAAGAAGUUUACCACUUAUAAAGGUUAUUGGUCUCGUUUAUAGAAUUUGCUCAGAGGUAUUUAUUGUUCUAUUAAAUGGCAAAGACUCUUUGGUUCAUUAUCCCUGAAAAAAAUAGCAGGGGAAAUUUCCCAAUGGAUAAGUUCAUAAAUAUGCUACUGUAUUAACACUAAAAAACUUAUCAUGAAAAGUCCUUCAUCGAUUUCCUUAGAUGGAUAAAUUGACUGUUAGGAAAUUCAAAUUGUAAUGCAAAAACUAUUCAAUCUCAGCUGUUAUAAAUAUUUACUAAAAUAUAACAAACGAAAUUAAAACUCAAAUAUAAAUUAUCUACACAAAAAAUUAAGUGCAGCUUUUGAAAGAGUCCAUAGUUCUGUAGAGUCCCGUAGGCUGGACACAGUACAUAAUUUGAAUGAUCAGUUAAUUGCAAGUAGGCACCAUUUUUACAUAAGCCUCAUUAUGAAAAUAAAGUCUGCUACACUGUGUUUUGUUGGUGUAAGGAUACAAGGUGGUGUUGUACAUAGUCUGUUGUUGUUACUAUAUAUAGAUAUACCUCAACUGGAUGAUGUUUCCCUGUGAUUACAUCAACAGGCCAUACACACUCUAUUUUGGGCUUUCACUCUUACUUACAUUUUUAUCCUGCUAAACGAUAUAAAGCAAAAAUUACUAGAUCCCAACAUGAAAUUUAAAAAGAUAUUAUUUUAUUAGUCUUAGGCCGUCAUUCUCUUAUGAAUACAAAAUAAGACAUGAAGUUUAUCCUUGUUAGUGUGGUCAGGAACAGUGAUAUGUUAUCGAAUUAAUCUUUUUAAAAAAAAAUGAGAGAGAAAAAGAGUUUUUCAGAUAAGUCAAGGUUAUUUAAGUUUUAGAGUGUAAAUUUUAAGGUCUCGAGGAAAACCUAGACAAUACUUUUCUCCCUCUGACCUCCAGCCUAAUUCCUUGUUUUAAAGCUGUUUAUUAAGGUAGCAUGUUAUUCCUUUGUGUGGUCUGUUGAUGAAACUUGUUCAAUGGUUUGGUCUGUUAACGAAAGUAGACUCCACAUAUUUUUGUUAUUUAUAGAAAAAUUGUCACAAAUUUAGACGGGUAUUAUUUUUAAAACAUAGUAAACAAGCAACAGAAUAUAGACAUAAACAUAAUUUCAUUAUAUGAAUACAUAGAAUAUAUAUAUCUAUAGUUUUGGACUCGAAUUGAUAGGAAAAUUGUUUGAUGUUUUUUUCACUGCAUGAAGAUCUGAUGUAUGUUCUUUCUUAUCUUUGUUUUGAUAUUGUAUUUUAGGUUUUAUUCUGUGUAGGAUUUGUAUUAAUGUACACUUUCCUAUUGUAAAGAAACUGGUCUCUCAGUACCAGAAUCCUUUUGGGAUGGUACCAGUUUUUUGUCAUUGUUUUAAAAAAGGAAGUACGAUUAUUUGAAUCUCUAUGAUAAAAAUUUAUAUUGAUAUACAUAUAAGUAAGAGUGUACCUGAUAUUAUGAAUUGUUUAAAACAAGAUAUGAACUGGUACCAUCACUGCUGUAAAAAUGUUGAGUUAAUGAACUGUAGAAAUUUUACUUCCUGUUCAAAAUGGGAAUGAUUUAUUUGUGAUUUAUUUGUGUUAAGUUGUCACAUUGUCAACAAAAAUGACAUUUUUAUAUCAAUGUUUUAUUUAAGAAUUAUCAUCAAUAGAAAGGAUUUUGUUGAAUCUCUGAUAAUUAUUCCAUCCAUUUAUUGGCCAGUAUAUAUCUUCAUUAGAAAAUACUCCAUCUUUCAGUCAUUCAUAACAAUAACACAUUGUAUAAAAUCAAUACUUUUUAAUGUGGUAAAAAAUGAAUCGGAUUUAUAACUUCCAGCAUGGGGCAAUUUAACAUAAUUCCACUGUCUGUAUGUUUAGGUCUAUUGACACAGUGACUUUCGAAAUUUAGCAAAUAACCCAAAUAAAAUGUCAUCACAAACUAUUAUAUUGGCUCAUAGGGUCACUGCUUUAGUUUGUGAGUUUUAAUUCAACUGGGUGGCCAGUGGUCCAGAUUUUUAGUUGCUGUUAGUUCAGUAUAUUACUGAUAAAUAAAGCUUUCAAAAAAAUGCUUCAUCUGUUAAAUCUUAAAUAAUGUUUAAACUUUUGUGUUCAAAUAGAUCUCUUUAUUACCACACAAAGGAAUGGCUCAAGUGUAAUUUUCACCUAAAUAAUUUGCUUUACUAAAAUACCUGUCUGCUCAUUUUAUACCUAAAAAAACUCAAAUACAUAUUAUGACCAUGAGAUCCAAUUAUUACUUUGAAUUAAAAUUUAAGAAAACUGCCAAAGUUCAUAAGACUUCAUCAUUCCAAAAUACAGACACUGCCAAAAUUGCAUCUAAUUUUUCUUCAUGGAUCAUUUACUGUGUAACAGUUAAGCACAAUCAGAAUUGAGUCAGCAGCUGGCUAAGCCAUCAUCAUCAUCGCCCCCAAUGUCCUCUUAGGACAUUCACCUUAUUGAUCAGCUACAGAACAGUGUUGAUCCACAGAUAUAAUUAAGGAAUGAAAGUGGAAUAGAAAUGAGAUUUUUUUCCAGUGUGAGCGAAAGGUUACUGCAUGCUUUAUCAUUAAGAAUUAUUAAUCAUAUUGACAGGUUUUCAUUUGGUUUAGAACAGUAUAAUUAACAUGCAAAAAAACAAUGCAAAAGUUAUGAAUGAUUGGUCGAAAUUAAUUACAUGAUUAUAUAUGUGUUAAUUAGUAAAUAGUGUAUAUUCAUUAUUAUAUGUGGAUUUUGAAUGAAGAGAAAAACUUAACAAAAUAAGUGUGCAACCAAGUACAAUUUUCUUACAAGAAUGAGGAUAAAAUCGUGUAAUUAAAUAACAUUGAAAUAGCAACUUUUUCUUAACUAGCAAAAAAUUGCAGCAAGGAUCAAUUCCAAGAUUUUUUUUAGGGAUGUGAUUUAAAAGUACAUAGAAUUUUUUUUAAUUAAAAUUGAAGAUAUAUCUUCUGAUUAUCAUUUUAAAUCAAUAUAUUAGAUCUACUGCUGCUUGUCCUGCUGGUAUCCAUGUCAAACAGGUACCCAAGAAAUAUAAUGAGUUUACAAUAUAAGUUCAUUUUUGUUUCUGACGAAUCUCUAGGUGAAUGUCUGACUGAUAAGGUUUAUGCAAUAUAUAAUUUACAUUGAAACCAAAAUGGAUGGAUUUUUAUUCUUUUCAAGAGAAAUUGAACAUUUUUAUAUCGUACUUUCAUUUUCAUUUUAAAAACCAUUGUGUAUAUGAACAAAGUGAAAGUAGAGUUUGAAACAUUCCUGUAGAUUUUUAAAUGUCAAAUUUCAAACUUUCAUUUUACAGACUCGUCCAGUUUUCUACGUUUAAAUAAAUACAGAGAAAUGAUGAA